CUAUUAUCAUCGGUGAUUGAAAGAAAUCAACUAUGAAGGUGUUGUUAGUUUUUGCUUUGAUUGCCUUGGCAUCAGCCAAUGGAUAUACUAUUAAUAAGGAUGAACCAGUUUUACUUAAGGACUUGUCUGUUGAAGACAAUGGUGAAAUAAAUGGACGAAUUACUAAUGGUCUUCAAGCAAGUGAGAAUGAAUUUCCCUAUCAAGUUGGUCUAUCAUUGAAAAAAACUUUAAGCUCCUCCUGGUGUGGUGGAUCUCUGAUUGCCAAAAACUGGGUAUUAACAGCUGCUCAUUGCACUAAUGGAGUGUCCUCCGUAACGGUUUAUCUCGGUGCAACUGUACGUACAGUAGCAAAGAUUACUCACACUGUCUCCGCCAGCAACAUACAUCAACAUGCUGGUUACAAUCCAACUACUCUACUUAAUGAUGUUUCUCUCAUUCAAAUUCCAACUGUUGAAGAGACUGACAGUAUUCAAGUGAUCAAAUUGCCAUCUAUUGCAUCAUCUUACUCCACUUAUUCUGGCAGUUACGCUAUUGCCUCUGGUUGGGGUCGCACCAGCGAUUCUUCAUCUGUUGCUACUAACUUGAACUAUGCAGUGCUUCCCAUCAUUACCAACACAAAGUGUGCUUUAACUUAUGGUUCAUCAGUUGUAACUUCAGGUACCAUUUGUGUUUCAACUCCAAGCGGAGUUUCCACAUGCCAAGGUGAUUCAGGUGGCCCAUUGGUUUUGGAAUCCGACAGAAUUCUUGUAGGAGUAACUUCCUUCGUUUCAUCUAAUGGUUGUGCAUCUGGUGCUCCUGCUGGUUUUGCACGUGUAACUAACUUCUUGCCAUGGAUUAAGGAAAUUUCAGGAAUUUAUUAUUAGGGAAUAUUAAAAAUUUAUGUGAAGGAGAAAACUAAUGCGUAGGUUUAAUUAUAUAAAUCUAAAUAAAAUGUUAAAAAUUUAAA